UCUGUCGUGUGACGUCACUCUGCUGAGCCUACAGGCAUUGUCCACAAUGGAAGCAGUUAACGACAUGAACGAGACGGUGGCUGUGGGCCUGGGUGCCCUUCUGGACGCGGGGGACGGCGCCAUGGUGACGCUGGUGGCGGGCGACACACGGCUGGCGGGGCACAGGGCCGUUCUGGCAGACCGGAGCCCCGUGUUCGCCGCCAUGUUGUCCCACGACACCCUCCAGGCCAGCAGCGGCGCAGUGACCGUCCCAGACGUGAGUGGCCCAGUGCUGAGAGAGCUACUCUCCUACCUGUACACCCUGCGGGCCCCCCAGCUGCCCGGCAUGGCCCCGCAGCUGCUGGCCGCAGCGGGCAAGUACGGGGUGUCGGGGCUGAAGGCGGAGUGCGAGCGGCAGAUGGCUGAUCAGCUGACUGUGGAGAAUGCGGCGGCCACAGCCGCCCUCUCCGUCCACUAUUCCUGCAGUGACCUCAGGCAGGCUGCGCUGAAGUUCAUUAGGACCUGUCCGUUGGAAGUGAUAGCCACUCAGGGGUGGGCAGACACCAUGCGAAAACAGCAGGAAGACUUGAUUAAAGUCAGUCAGCUGCUGUACGAUCCACAACCACAAACCAGUGCAGUAUCAGCUACACAGCUGAGGCCUACCGCCACCACCGCCGCCGCUGCCACCACCACCCUCACUGCCGCAGCCACCUCUGCCGGCACAUCCCGCCAGGCACCUGUCACAGUUGCACUGCCCACAACUCGUCCAUCUGAAGAAGCCACUGUCCCUUGCACGCGCGCACAAGCCGCAACACGCUGGAGGCCCGUCACCACAGCCACCACCACCACCAACAAUGCCACCACCACCAUCACCGUCGCCGCCUCCACCUCUGAUGGCCAACACUGCCAGAGACCUGCCGCAGCUGUAGUGCCCAAGACUCCUCCACCUAGCAGACGUGCACCAGCCACUACACACGUGAGGCCCACCAACACCGCCAGCACCACCAAAACCACUGGGACCACCGCAACCAUCGCCAUCACCACCGCUGCGUUCACCUCUGCUGGCACACACCUCCAGACUCCUGCCACAGCUGUACUGCCUAAGACACCUCCACCUACCAGGCCCGCACCAGCCAAUACACACAUGAGGCCCAGCAACGCAACAACAACAACCAUCACCACCAGCAGCAGCACUGCAACAACAACCAGCACUGCAACCACCGCCGCCUCCACCUCUGCUGGCACACACAGACAGAGACCUGCUGCUGCUGUAGUGCCCAAGACGCCUCCACCUAGCAGGCGCGCACCACCCACUACACACAUGAGGCCCUCCACCACCGCUACCACCACCACCACGACAACAAGCGCAACCACUGCCAUCACCACCGCCGCCGACUCCAACUUUAAUGGCACACACCUCCAGAGUCCUGCCGCAUCUGUAGUGCCCAAGACUCCUCCACCUAGCAGGCGGAGCAGCGCACCAGCCAAUACACACAUGAGGCCCAGCAACGCAACAACAACCACCACCACCACCAGCAACAGCACUGUAACAACAACCAGCACUGCAACCACCGCCGUCACCACCGCCACCUCCACCUCUGCUGGCACACACAGACAGAGACCAGCUGCUGCUGUAGUGCCUAAGACGCCUCCACCUAGCAGGCGCUCACCAGCCGCUACACAGAUGAGGCCCACCACCAGCGCCACAGUCAUCACCUCUGCCGGCACACCCCGCCAGACUCCUGCCGCUGCUGCACCACAAAAGACUCUGGCACCUGAUGAAGCCACUGUCUCCCGCAUGCGGAGCCUCUCUGCAGAGAGGAGAGACAGUCGGCUGAUAGACGCAGCUAAGCGGGGGGCAGUGGGGGAGAUGAGGACGCUGCUGGCCGCGGGGGCGAACGUGGCGGCCAGGGACAGCGGGCAGAGGACGCCCCUGCACUGGGCUGCCGUGUGGGGCCACACGGCUGUGGUCCGGCUGCUGCUGGAUGCGUCCCUCGACCCCAACGCCAGGAGCAGCGGUGGGUGGACGCCGCUGCAUUUUGCGGCAUGGAGUGCUCAUGCGGAAGUGGCAGCUGCGCUGCUCAAGGCGGGGGCCGAUAGGGGGGCCACAACCAAUGAUGGGCGCACAGCGCUGGACCUCGCCAGGGACUUGAACAACAGGAGGUUGAUGGAGAUGCUGUCAAGAUAAGGCAGCCAGUACAACAUACUAGUCUGGAAAAAAAACUGACAUAGCUCCCCCACAUCCGAUUUUCAUGUUUUGUAAACAAAGAAUGCAAAAAUUCAAUCCUACUUGUAAUCCCUGACACAGUACUCGCAAAAGCCUGUGCUAUGGUAAGUGAGCGGGAUUCACCUUAUGCGUGAAUGGAGCAAAUCAGACUUACAUCUACUUUCUUAUAACAAUGUUACGUCAAGUAAGUUCGAAAUGCAAUCACACGUCAGGAUGGAUCAAAAGCAGACCAGAAGAUGUUACCAAUGUGACAAUAAUACGAUCGCUAGCCUAAUUAGGCAAUAACUGACUUUCUUCCCUGUACAAGUUGGUUUAUAUUCAUGCAAAACAACAAGUUGUAACACUGCAUAAUAUAGUAGAAUUUUAGAACCAGAAACCUAUUGAACUGAUAGUUUCACGUUCAGUACUGAUAUGGAAAAUCAUGAAUACAUAACACUACACUAUAGUGUUUGCUACGAAACUUUGUACUGUCUGUUAAUCUGAUUAAAAUUGGGCAUAAGUUACCCUAAAAAUUUAGAACAAUUCAGAAUUCAAAUGAAUGAAGGGGGGCUCUAAAAGUAUUAUGAUCACUGCAUUUU